UUUUUUAAAAUUAAGGAUCCACCCACCUGUCUGUGGUAUAAAAGGUGAGUACCUGUCUGAGCUAGUCACUUACAAAUCCUCCGUGUUCUGACCAGCUGCUCUUUCCUCUUUCCUCUCCAGGUUUCAACUUUCAGUAGAAUUAAAAGAUCUCCAGAUCGAGAACUUCAGCAUCAUGAGCCAAAAACGCCCGUGUGAGGAUGUGUCAACUCCCGGGAAGAGAACAGCAGCCAUGGCGCAGGGCAGAGGCGACCAGAAACAGAAGGGGCAAAGUGGUCAGGAUUUAAGUGGACACGAGAAGGUGUUUAAUGACCCAAUCCACGGUCACAUCGAGGUCCACCCCCUGCUGGUGAAGAUCAUCGAUACUCCUCAGUUCCAGAGACUGCGGUAUAUUAAACAGCUGGGAGGAGCCUACUUUGUGUUUCCUGGAGCCUCACACAACCGAUUUGAACACUCAAUAGGUGUUGGAUAUUUAGCAGGUUGUCUCAUUAAAGCUCUAAGAGAAAAACAGCCAGAGCUUGGCAUCAAGGAAAAAGACGUCCUGUGUGUUCAGAUCGCUGGCUUGUGCCAUGACUUGGGUCACGGCCCAUUUUCUCAUCUGUUUGACCGCAUGUUUAUCCCAAAGGUCCGUCCUGAUCUGAAAUGGGAGCAUGAGAAUGCGUCGGUGGACAUGUUUGACCAUCUGGUGAAGGAGAAUAACCUGGAGCCUAUGAUGAAACAUUAUGGUCUUUCUGACACCGACCUCAAAUUCAUCAAAGAACAAAUUGUUGGACUCUCUGGCUCGAAAGAUACGUGGACAUACAAAGGAAGACCUGAGGAACAGUCCUUCUUGUAUGAGAUUGUGGCAAAUAAGAGGACUGGCAUUGAUGUGGACAAGUGGGAUUAUUUUGCGAGAGACUCGUAUCACCUGGGCAUCAAGAACGUCCCAGACUACCACCGUUUCCUAAAGAUGGCCAGAGUGUGUGAGGUCAAUGGGAAGAAGCACAUCUGUGCCAGAGACAAGGAAGUUCAUGAUUUAUAUGACAUGUUUCACACAAGACACUCCCUACACCGCAGAGCCUAUCAGCACAAAGUGACUAAGAUCAUCGAGGAAAUGAUAACAGAAGCCUUGGUGAAGGCUGAUCCUUACAUUCAGAUCGAGGGAUCGUCUGGAAACAAGUGCAAAAUGUCAGAGGCCAUAGACGACAUGGAGGCCUACACCAAGCUCACAGAUCAAAUUUUUGAGCAGAUCCUGUACUCCUCCGAUACAGACCUGUCUGAAGCUCAGACCAUCUUGAAGAACAUUCUCUGCAGAAACUUGUACAAGUGUGUGGGAGAGACAAUACCUGAAAAAGACCUUAAUUUGUCAAAGAAAGAGAUGGCCAAAGAAAUAGCUGCUUCCAAACCUGAUGACACUGAGAUUGACACUGAGAUUGUCCUGAAACCUGAAGAUUUGAUAAUCAGUAUAUUUGGGAUUGAUUAUGGCAAGAAGGAGAAAAAUCCCAUCGACAACGUCUAUUUCUACUCCAAGAAGGACCCCAACGAAGCCUUUCAAAUCCGCAAGGAACAGGUGUCCAAACUGCUGCCUGACACAUUUUCUGAGAAGCACAUCAGAGUUUACUGCAAACAAGCAGAUAAACUGGAAGCUGCAAAGAAAUACUUCAAGCAGUGGUGUAAGGACAAGAACUUGAAACCUCUGGAUGCUAAACUUGUGGUUGAAGAAUUGACUCCUGCCAAGAAGAGUCGAAAUGAAGGACACAGAGAUGCAGAAAGGGUCAAAAAACGCCUCUAACGCCCAGUGAUGGACAACAAAAUUGAAGCCACAUCGCCCCCUGCUGGCAGACCGAAUGAAUCUAUGGGUCAUUUAUCAACCAACCCUCCUAUUAAUAAUUUAAAUUGAUUCUAAAUUGAUUAUUAUAAAACAGUUUACAGGUGGUGUGUUAAUAUUAAUCAUAUUUUUAAACUGAUAUAUAUUUACUUUUCAUUACUUUUUAAGCUGUAUUUCAGGUAAUCUAUCAUUUUACAAAAUAAUUCUUUUAACUUGAAGCAUUUUCUUCCACUGGCUGAUGUAACUGAUGUAUCCUUCUGUAGGGAUUUUCUGACCUUUAAGACUUUCUACUGAGUGUGAUGUGUUUUAAAGCCAUUUCAUUUAACACUAAUAAAGUCUCGGGUUUCGUCUUA